AAAUCCUUAUUUAAAAAUUAAAAUUUAUAAUAAUUAAAUUUAAUUAAUUUUUUAAAUUAAUUUUCAUACUUAAAAUAAAAAAUUUAAAAUUUUUAAAUUUUAAAAAAAUAAAAAUUAAACAUUAUUAUACGGAAACCAAUGAUAUUCUUUUCUUUAUAAAUAAUUUAUUUCAAAGGUUAUCAGGUAAAAUUCUUUAGCAGUGUUGGCGUCAAUUUUCACGAAAAAAGGGUAAAAAUUAAAAGUAUAAAGGGCAAAAAGAGGAGAGCUGAAAACGUGAUGGUUGAGCACUCUUGAAGCCGGCGUAAGUAAGGAGAGAGCUGGGCUUUCGAGAACGAGGAAGAGCUGACGCUGAGGCUUCGCUGCACACAAAUCGCUGAAAAAUUAAAACAUAAAGAACCGAUGCUACCAACCAAAUCAAGGAAGGCUUUGCUUGCCUCGCAACAACUCUUCAACAACACCGCAAUCUUCUCUAUAUCUUCUUCUUCUUCUGGUGCUGCUGCUGCUCUUUUCAGUCUUCUGAAUCUCAAUAUCCCUACCCGCCAACAAUUCUUCUACUCUUGUUACUGUUCCUAUUCGACUGCCCAUGCAAUUCCAGUUCAACAUCUCAGCUUCAAUCACAAGGAUGUGGUUCAAUCCUUUAAGGAAUGGUUUCAGCGCAGAAACUCUGGAUACUUGGAUCUGGUUUUCGAGAUUUUAAGCACCCAAGAUGAGGUGGAUGACCUUGCCCUCUCUCAAUUGGGUCUCCGCCUCACCGAGUCAUUGGUCCUGGAAGUGCUUCAUCAUGGCAAUGGCAAGAAUGAUGUACUCUCUUGCCUUAAGUUCUUCGAUUGGGCUGGUCAUCAACAUGGGUUCUAUCACACUCGCGCUACCUUCCACGCCAUUUUCAAGAUCCUCUCUAAGGCCAAGCUUAUGCCUCUCAUGCUUGAUUUCCUUGAUAAGUUUAUGACUUCCAGGUUUGUUCAUCAUAAGUUUGGUUAUGGAUUUUAUGGUACUUUGGUAAUUGGGUACUCUGUGGCUGGGAAGCCGCAAGUUGCACUCCAACUGUUCAGUAAAAUGCGAUUUCAGGGUCUUGACUUGGAUGGCUUUGCUUACCAUGUCCUUCUCAAUUCUUUGGUCGAGGAGAGUUAUUUUGAUGUCGCUGACUGUAUUGCCAGGCAGAUUUCUCUGAGGGGGUUCGAGAACCAUGUAACGCGUUGUAUAGUAGUUAAGAGUUUGUGUAAGCAGAAACUGUUGGAUGAGGCCGCGUCAUAUUUGCGCCGGGUGAUCCUACACGGCGAUGGUUAUCGCCAUGGGGAUGCGGUGGGGGUUAUUAUGGAUGCGCUUUGUCAAAAUGGUCGGUUUGACAAGGCAGGGCAGUUGGUUGAGGAGAUUAGGGAGUUGGGGGUGGUGCCCGUGGAGCCCGCAUAUAGGGUGUGGCUUAGGAAUCUAGUUCAAGCUGGUAAGCUUGAUACGGCUUUAAAGUUCUUGCAGCAGAAGAAGUCAUUAGAUUGCUAUGUUCCUGGGGUUUGCGAGUAUAAUGCUUUGCUGUGGAGGGUCUUAAAAAAUAACCGUCUUGCAGAAGCGUGUGAUUUGCUGAUGGAGAUGAUGGAGAGUGGUAUUUCUGCUGAUAAGGUCACAUUUAAUGCUGCAUUGUGUUUCUUUUGCAAAGCUGGAAUGGUAGAUGUUGCACUUGAAUUGUUCAAUUGCAAAUCAGAGUUUGGGCUCUCACCCAGUAGCAUGGCUUGUAAUUAUCUCAUAAAUUCUCUAUGUAGGGAGGGGAACAUUGAUGAGGCUUACAAUGUGUUGACGAAUUUUACCGAGCAUGAUUAUUUCCCUGGUAGAAGAACAUUUUCUGUACUUGCAGAUGCAUUGUGUAGAGAAGGGAAGGUUGAUAUGAUGAAAGAGCUUGUUUCUGUUGCUCUAGAGCGAAAUUUCAUGCCAAGUGAUUACCAAUUUGAUAAGUUUAUAUCGGCUCUAUGCAGGGCUAGGAGGCUAGAAGAUGCUUACUUGAUGCAAGAUGAACUUAAUACAAUGAAUAUAGUUGCUAGAAAGACUACUUACUCAAACUUGAUUUAUGGUUUUAACGAAUUAAAAAAGGGAGAUAUUGCUGCUAGGCUUUUUAUUGAAAUGCAAACUAAAGGUUAUAUGGGUACUCGGACUCUGUUCAGAGCUGUAAUUGGCAGUUUGUGCGAUAUGCCAAACCCAGAAACUCAAUUCUUCAAAUUGUUGGAGGUGCAACUCUCUCUUCGUGAACCUAACUGUCAGAUAUAUAACUUCUUCAUUGAUGGAGCUGGACAUGCAAAGAAACCUCAACUAGCCAGAGAAGUAUUUGAUAUGAUGCAGAGAAGUGGGAUUGAGCCUAAUCUGGGUUCUGAUAUUCUUAUGUUACAAAGUUAUAUAAAGAGUGAGAAAAUAUAUGAUGCUCUAAAUUUCUUUGAUGCUUUGCGUCACAGAAGAAAGAUUGGCAGAAAGCUAUACAACACCAUGGUUGUUGGUCUUUGUAAAGUCAACAAAGUGGAUAUUUCAUUGUCCUAUUUGAGGGAAAUGCGGAGUAAUGGAGUGGUUCCUAGUGCUGAAUGUUAUGAGGAGCUUAUAAAGCUGCUUUGCUCAAAUGAACAAUAUGAAAUGGCAGUAAAUCUUAUUAUUGACUUGGAGAUAGCUGGGCGCCAUGUUACAUCCUUCAUAGGUAACGUACUUUUGUUGCAUUCAUUGGGAAGUGGAAAGCUCUAUGAUGCUUGGGUUCGAGUAAGGGAGAUGCAGGAUGUGAUUUCUCCCAUUCUUUUAGUCCUUGGCCAACUCACUGGGAUAUUUUCACGUCGUGUUCAACUGAUUGAAGAAAUUAACAACUUGGAAGAAGUAAUUGAGCAAUGCUUCCCACUUGACCUUUUCACAUACAAUAUAUUGUUGAGGAGGCUAAGCAUCAGUAAAAUGGAUGAUGCUCUUGAGUUGUUUGAUAGACUUUGCCAGAAAGGUUAUGAACCUAAUCAAUGGACUUAUGAUAUCUUAGUACAUGGCCUUUUUAAGCAUGGAAGGAAAGAUGAGGCUAGGAAAUGGGUAGAUGAGAUGUUUAGGAAAGGGUUUGAUCCAACUCAUUGUACCUACCAACUCCUGAAUGGUAAAGCAAGUUAAAACAUUCGAAGUUCUACAAAAUUUUGCAAGGGAAAAAAAUUGGAUGCCUGAAGUUGAAUCUUGUAGCCAGCAUGCUGGUUUCUCCAUAUUUUGUUUAUCUGCUGUAAACUCCAAGGGAACUAUGCUGAAGCUUUUAGUUGAUAGCUGUAUGCUGGAGGUAAUUUAACCAAAUGGCUGAUUUUUUAAGCCUUCAUCAGAUGCUAAAUUUUGUAUUUUAAUGAUAUAGACUUCACUUUCAGAAAAUGUCAAUGGAGGUUUUGAGAAAAUGUUUUUCAUACCAGGUAGUCAGGUAGCUUUUAUAUUUAUGUUUAAGAACAACUGUUUGACCCUUCUACAUUCUUAUUACAAAGGAAUGGUGGACUAAAAUGAAGAUUGAAAUUCACCCUUAAUUUCUUGUUUGAUUUGCUAAUUUCUUGUUUGAUUUGCUUUUAAUGAGAUUGAAAUUCAGCUGGACAGAAAUAAAUAUUGCUAUUUAAGGUUGUAAAGUUUGAUACUUGAGCUCCAUUUCUCCUCUAGUUUUGGACCUUGUUCUGCCUUGUCCUAAUCUUCAUAUACAAGUUUCAAGCGCCUAAUGGUUUUUCUUCUGACAAAUGCAGAUUGCAGAGAACUGAUCCCCUUAUCACCUCUGUCAAUGGGUGUGUGCCAUGUGCAACAGUGCCUAGAUUGAUUUUGCCUUAUUUGAAAGAGGAGGAAAAUCAUCUCAAGCUUUCUGCAAGGCAAAUGCAGAGCCCCAUUGUUGCAUCAAUCUGUUGACAUAACAUUUUGGACAGCGAUCUCUUGGCAAAAAUCAAAGGCAUGAAAAUGGUAGUUUUCAACCUCAUUUGGGUAGCUGGAAUAACAGCCAAGGAUAAUAUUAUUCUUAAGUGACUUAUCUUAAUCCAGCCAUAUAGGAUGAAUUGUUUUCUUUAUUAUUUAGGAUUUGACUUUGUUGAGAAGUACUUCAAAAAUAUUUUAAAAUUUUAAAUAUAUCAUGCUAAUAUAGAGAAGCAAA